AUGGCCAAGAACAAACUAAGAGGGCAGAAGUCCAGGAAUGUAUUCCAUAGAGCCAGCCAAAAAACUUUAAGGUUAAAAAAUACAGCAAAACCGGUUACCACUGAUCUUAAGAAGAUAAACACUCGGACUCCUCAGCAGUGUCAUAAAAAUGAACCAGUUAAUGGUGAGGAAGCAACAAUAUUAAUGGCUCAGCUGUAA